AUGGUGUUUAAGAAUGAAGUUUUGGACGAAUUUACUACGUCUGAUCCUGUUAAUAAGGCAAUCCUUGGUUUGUCCAUUAUUAGAAUAGAAUUCAUUGCAGCAAGAAAAAGAAAUGUUUAUUUUACAAAUGCACGUUUGGUUACUUAUAUCUGUAUUACUAUUUACCCAUUAAUCAAAACUGCAAUGAUUGGUGAAUUUUUGGGAUAUGAUAAAAGUAUUUAUAGAGGUUCAGUUAUGGCAGUUAUGAGUAUCUGGGCAACUAUGUUUCAAUAUUUUGAAUGGGUUUUUAUUGCUUGUUAUUGGAUGAGUCUUUUAUAUACUUUCUUUUUAACCAAAGAUUAUGUAAAAACUAAUACUAAAAUUGUUUGGAUUGCAUCUUGGUCAAUUGUAAUUAUUUUAAUUAUUUGGACAAUUGUUCAAACAGUUUUUAAUUUUUACAAUCUCCCACUAAUGGAUAGAACAUAUGGUGUUGGACAAGUUAUUUUAAUUGUUAGUAUUGGUAUUUUUUAUUUUGUUAAUGGUGUUUUAUUAAUUAGAGAAAUGAAAAAGAAAGGAAAAGUUAAAAGUUUUCAAAAAGGUUAUAAAAGAAUUAUUUUUUUAUCUUUUGCACUUUUAUUAUUAGUUUUUGGUGCAUUAUUUAUGUUUGUUGUUCAAGUACUAAUUUUAAAAUGGAAUGGAAAAGAAACUGGAAAUUAUAUUUUUUAUUUAAUAGCUUCACUUAUUGAAUUUACUCAAUUACCAAUUGUAAUGUAUUCAUUGGGUGGUGAUUCAUUUAAAAGAUAUAUAAUUUUAUAUAAUCAAAAAUUACCAGAAGAUCCAAAGAGUGAAUAUUAUAGUGGUGUAUCUUCAUCAACUGUUGAUAGUAACUAUAGCUCUGAUGCACAUGAUAAUAAUAACAAUAUUAAAUUAAAAAACAUUCAAACUCAAAAAUCAAUAGAUUCAAGUGUGAUCUCAAAUAUUUCUUCAUCAAAUGUUAGUAAUGUCAGUGAAUCUCCAAAUAUUAGUUGUUCAAAUUUAGAUUCUAGUGAAAAUUCUGUUUAA